AUGGCACCGAUUAGAACCCCAAGGCUCAAGCUUCCGGCAAAAACGAAGAAGACGGUGCUGCCUCCAGGCAGCGCAGGCAAGAGAAAAAAUUCCACCGCUACCAAAAAUAAAAAUAAAGCUAAACAAGCUCCAACACCUGCACCUCCCCCACCAUCAUCCAUCAAUUCCAGCAACAAUUCAAUAAGCGAUGGCAAAGGAGACUCGGGGAUGAAGGAUAGAGCUCAUGACCAGGAUGAUACGUUGAUGAAGGACCCUCCUGAACCGCUCCUCCCGGUGAUUGAUCCUGCAAUCGACAGCUUGGAUUCAACAUUCAGGGAAGUGGACCCAAUUCCAACUUCACCAGCCCCAAACAAUCCUGUUGCGGUACCCAACCCCAUGGCAAUGUAUGAGGCUGCUAGGAAGCUUUGUGAUAAGGCUAAGCUUGAUGACAAGCAUUUUCAAGAUGCUAUUGAUAUUUUAAAUACCCCAGAUGGUCUGAUGAUCUUCCUAGUCUUCAGAGAAAUUCAACACUACCAGGAAGAGUCUCAAGGUCCCAGCAAGUCUACCACCAUCUCAGUCAACCAAAACCCAGAUGAUCAUAGCUCAUCCAAAGCACCGGCACCAAAUUUUCAAUACAGCAAUGCUAUCAAGGAUUGUAUUCAAGACCUUACAAAGGAAGCUUUCAUGCAAGCAGAUGUUCAAUGCUACACGCGCAAGUCCUUCAAGCCUGGUACGGGAGAUUGGUCACUGCUAACAAUAACAAUGAAAGGCUUGAAGAAACUGCCUGCUGAUGUGAUCAAGAAGGAGCUUCCCCCAGGCUUUGGCAGCGGUGACGGCCCGGCCAUGAAGAAGGUUGCAGCAAUGGUGCUCAAAAUCGAACAACAUGUCUGGCUCUCUGUACGCAAAAAGCUCCUUGAAAAAAUCAUUGACCCUGACACUAAGGAUUUCAACAAAGACGGUGUCGUACCCAAACUCCACAAGCUCACCGAGACACUUUAUUGCUUUCUGCACCCUGUCGAAGCAUCACUCAGCAACACUCAAUUUAUCCAAAACAUGGUGGCCCUUUUCCUUUCUUGA